AUGGGGUUGCAGCUGGGACAUGCGAUAGUGUGCUCCCAUUGGGGUGCACAGAGUGACAAGAGCCUCUCCCAGGAUGGAGAUGUGAUUAUCGGUGGACUUUUUAAUCUCCAUUACAUUCCUUCAGCUGUAGAUCAGAGCUUCACCAAGAUGCCACAUUAUGAACCGUGCACAGGUUUAGAUCUAGAGUCUUUAAAAUAUACAUACGCUAUGCCAUUUGCGGUGGAGGAAAUCAAUAGAAACAACACGCUGCUACCAGGAGUGAAGCUGGGCUACCGUAUACAUGAUAGUUGUUCCCGAUACCCCUGGGCUCUGCAAGUUGCAUUGUCACUGGUCGGAGGAGACACACACAGAUGCAACUUCACAGCCUCUAUGUCUCAUGGUCAGCCUGUUUCUUUGCUCAUUGGUCCUGAUGCGUCUACAACAAGCAUAAUGCUGACCACGAUCCUGGGGCCUCUCUCGGUGCCAAUUAUCAGCUACUUGGCUAGUUGCCCCUGUUUAAGUGACAGGACCAAGUUUCCUAACUUCUUCAGAACCAUCCCCAGUGAUAUUUACCAAGCCCGGGCCAUGGCACGAAUGGCCAUACGCUUCCACUGGACUUGGAUUGGAGCAGUGGUAAUAAACAAUGAUUAUGGUCAAUUGGCGAUACAGGUCUUUCAAGAAGAGGUUCAGGGGAAAGGGGUGUGUUUGGACUUCAUAGAGACUGUCCACAGAGAAACUAUUGUGAAUGAUGCCAGACGUGCAGCACUCACAAUUCAAGCCUCAACUGUGAGGGUGAUUCUGAUAUUUUGCUGGUAUACAGAUGUAAAGGAACUAUUUAUGGAACUGGCCAAGAGAAACGUGACUGACAGACAGUUUCUGGCCAGUGAGGCUUGGAGUACCAGUGAUGAUCUUUUCCAAGAUCGUGCCAUCUCUAAAGUGGCAAGUGGUGUUGUUGGUGUUGCCAUUCGAAGUUCAGCAAUACCUGGAUAUGAAAAUUAUCUCAGAAGUUUGCACCCAAUUAAUCGUCCUGAUGAUGUAUUCUUGCAUGAGUUCUGGCAAAAGGAGUUUGGUGGGACAGAGUCCCUGGAGGGAGUGGAGCAUCCCUUUACUGACACCUCUCAGCUAAGGGUGACAUAUAAUGUCUACCUUGCUGUUUAUGCUGCAGCCCACGCCCUUCACCGCCUUCUCUCCUGCCCCGACGGAGACAGCUCUCCCAGAAACAGCUCCACCUGCUCCUCUCCAAAACACAUUAAACCCAUAGAGCUGUUGCAGCACUUGAACAAAGUGAACGUCACCACACCACAAGGGGAAAUGUUUCAUUUCCAAGGAGCUGAUAUUCCAGCAAUGUACGACCUCGUCAACUGGCAGAACACCCCUAAGGGGCCACUCAAGAUAGUUUUGAUUGGUCGUGUUGAGGGGCUUGAGCUCCACCUUAAUGAGUCAGCUAUUCAGUGGAGUACAGGAUCCAAUCAGGUUCCUAUUUCAGUGUGCAGUGAGAGCUGCCCCCCAGGUACCCGAAUGGCCAACAGGAAAGGGGAGCCUGUCUGCUGCUUUGACUGUAUCCCAUGUGCUGCAGGGGAGAUUAGUAAGACAACUGGUUCCCUUCACUGUGAGCAUUGUCCAUUGGAGUUCUGGUCCAAUGUUGAACAAACUUCCUGCAUCCCUCGCCAGCUGGACUUCCUUGCAUUUAAUGAAACAUUGGGAAUUACUCUGACUACAGCAGCUGUGUCUGGUGCUGCGGUGACAGCAGCUGUUUUUGUGGUGUUUCUUUGCUACCGUCAAACACCUAUGGUGCGAGCCAACAAUUCAGAACUGAGCUUCCUGCUUCUUCUGUCACUGAAGCUCUGCUUCCUGUGCUCACUGGUGUUCAUUGGUCGCCCAUCAGUCUGGUCUUGUCGGUUCCAGCAGGCAGCUUUUGGGAUCAGCUUUGUUCUUUGUGUUUCCUGCCUCCUGGUCAAAACCCUAGUAGUCCUUGCUGUUUUCCGCUCAGCUCGUCCUGGUUCUGAGGCCUUGAUGAAGUGGUUUGGUGCUGGCCACCAGAGAGGAAGUGUUUGCCUCUUUACCGGCAUACAGGUUAUCAUCUGUGCCAUAUGGCUGUCCCUCAGCCCCCCAGUGCCUCGACGUGAUUUGGGUUUCCAGGGGUCAAAGGUCACCCUGGAGUGUGCCAUGGCCUCUGUGGUGGGCUUCUCUCUGGUUCUGGGUUACAUUGGCCUGCUGGCCUGCACCUGCCUCCUCUUGGCCUUUCUUGCUCGGAAACUCCCUGACAACUUCAAUGAGGCCAAACUGAUCACCUUCAGCAUGCUGAUAUUCUGUGCUGUAUGGGUGGCCUUUGUCCCUGCUUACGUUAGCUCUCCUGGGAAGUAUGUUGUCGUUGUGGAAAUUUUUGCAAUCCUGGCCUCUAGCUACGGUUUACUGUUCUGCAUUUUUGCCCCCAAAUGUUUCAUCAUUCUCUUGAGGCCUGGCAAAAACACUAGGAAACACCUGAUGGCCAGAUAGUUUUUCUGGCUUGAAUGGGAGCAUAAUGAAUCUUUAUCAUA